AUGACUGAAAUAAAUCCUGCCUUCGUGCUCCAGUCCGUUAAGAACGUCUCGUUUGAGAAUCGCGAGGUUCCAAAGCGUCGUGACGAGUACGAUGUUCGAGUGCACGUCGAGCAGACGGGCAUUUGCGGCAGCGAUGUGCACUACUGGCAGCGUGGCCGGAUCGGCGACUUCGUCCUCGAGUCCCCCAUUGUCCUCGGGCAUGAGAGUUCCGGAACUGUCGUUGAGGUCGGUAGCAAGGUGAAGAAUGUCAAAGUCGGUGACCGAGUGGCGAUCGAACCUGGUGUGCCAUGUCGGCACUGCGAUUACUGCCGAGCAGGCGCAUACAACUUGUGCGCAGACACAGUCUUCGCAGCAACACCUCCAUGGGACGGUACACUCCAGAAGUACUACAUUGUUGCCGGCGACUACACGUACCCCAUUCCGAGUCACAUGUCAGCGGAAGACGGGGCCUUGGUCGAACCAGUCGCCGUUGCCGUUCAGAUCUGCAAAGUUGCCGAGCUCAAGGGCGGUCAAACGGUACUGGUAUUUGGCUGCGGGCCCAUUGGCGUGUUAUGUCAGGCUGUCGCCAAAGCGUACGGCGCCAGCAAGGUUAUCGGCGUCGACAUCUCUGAGUCUCGAGCGCAAUUUGCAAAGGAGUUUGCCGCGGACGACGUCUACAUUUCGAAGAAGCUACCUGAUGCACCGGAGGACCCCGUCGAGGCAUCUCGUGCUGUUGGGGAGAAGAUCGUGAGGGAGUAUGGCCUCGGAGACGGUGCUGAUGUUGUUUUGGAGUGCACUGGUGCGGAACCGUGUAUCCAAGCCGGAGUAUUUGCGGCGAAGAAGGGAGGCACUUAUGUGCAAGCCGGUAUGGGCAAGGAGAACGUGGUCUUCCCUAUCACCACAGCUUGCAUCAGAGCAUUGAACAUUAAGGGUUCCAUCAGAUAUACAACGGGAUGCUAUCCUGAAGCAGUGAACUUAGUUGCAUCAGGGAAGGUCCAGCCAAGAGAGUUGAUCACCCAUCGUUACAAAUUUGAGGAGGCUCUGGAGGCAUUCGAAGUGGUUAGACAGGCAAAGGAAGACACGCUAAAGGUGGUCAUUCAAGGUGUACCGAAAUAG